AUGGUCCUUUACCGGGAUAAGGAGUUUCGGCCCCUGCCCCCUCUUGCUACCCCGCCCCAGCUCAAGGAAGGAAAACAAUGCCAUCAGCUGGCCAAAGAUAUUCGACCAUCGCGUGCAGGGGCCUCGUACCAGGCUGGCCGGCGAUCAAAUCGGGCUUUUGAGUUCAACAUCCCGCUCCUCCUCCAGAACAAGCUGGGGCGCUGCCUCACCCGCAAGACGCUGCACCGCCGGCUGCCCUGCCUCACCUGGAUGAGGAGCUACAGCAGCGACUGCAUCCCGGGCGACCUCCUGGCGGGCUUCACCGUCGGCCUCAUGAUCAUCCCGCAGGCCCUCGCCUACGGGAUCGUGGCCGGACUCACGCCCAAUUAUGGCCUCUACUCUGCUUUCUGCGGCUGCCUCGUCUACUUCCUGCUGGGGUCGACCAUGGAGCUCAACUUGGGCCCCACGGCGAUCAUGGCCCUUAUGACGAUGCAGUACAGCCAAGGGGGCCCGGAGUACGCUGUGCUUCUGUGCUUUACUUCGGGGGUCAUCGAGCUACUGGCCGGAAUCAUCAACCUCGGUUUCCUCAUCAACUUCAUCUCGCAGCCCGUGAUCAGCGGCUUCACCUCGGCCGCCGCCAUCACCAUUGCGUCCUCCCAACUCAAGCCACUUUUUGGACUUAAGCUUGAAACUCGCGGACUUAUAGACACUUGGGUCAAGGUCUGUAGCAACCUGCACGAGCUCCGAUGGCAAGACUUGACGCUCGGUCUUGCCUGCAUCGUCGUCCUGGUCUGUAUGAAGAAGGUGGGCGCCGUCCGCUGGCCGUGCGUGGACCGCUCCAGCCGCGCCGUGGGCCAGAGGAUCCUGCGCCAGACCAUCUUCUUUACGUCGGUCGGUCGCAACGCCGUCGUGGUCAUCGUCGCCUCCGUCAUCGCCUUCCUGCUCGACGGCGACGACCAGCCCUUCACGCUCACAGGUUUCGUCGAGCCGGGCAUUAGACCCUUCGCCCUCCCGCCCUUCAGCAUCGAGGCCAACAACCAGACGAUCACCUUCACCGACAUCAUGUCCGACGUGGGCGUGGGCGUGGUCAUGAUCCCGUUCAUCGCCAUUCUCGACCAGAUCGCCGUCGUGAGCGCCUUUGCGAAGGGAAGGACGUUCGACGCCACGCAGGAGAUCAUCGCGCUCGGAGUCGCCACCAUCGCCGGGUCCUUCUUCGGGUCGAUGCCCAUCACAGGCUCUCUCUCCCGCACCGCCGUCAACCUCUCCAGCGGAGUCAGGACGCCCGCAGGAGGUCUGGUUACGGGCGUGAUGGUGCUGCUGGCCCUGACCUUCCUCACGCCCUGCUUCGCCUUCAUCCCGAAGGCGACGCUGGCGGCGGUGAUCAUCUGCGCCGUCCUGCACAUGGUGGACUACGAGGUCCUCCUGCCGCUGUGGAGAAGCAAGCGCAUCGACCUCGUGCCCCUGAGCGUGACCUUCGUGGCCUGCCUCGUGUGGGGCCUCGAGUGGGGCAUCCUGGUGGGCAUCGGGGUCAACCUCUCCAUGCUGCUGUACUCCAUCGCCACGCCCACGGUCAAGGUCACGACCGUCCUUCCCAAUAAGCAGCACGGCGGGUACGUGCUGGUGACGCCCUCGCACGGAGUCAGUUACCCGAGCACCUCCCACAUCCGCGCCGCCGUCAGGAAAGCGGGACUACGGCAGGCAGGAGGCUCCUUGCCCAUCGUCAUCGACUGCACCUUUAUUGACAUGGCGGAUUACACGUCGGCCAAGGGCAUCAAGGGCAUGAUCGAAGACUUCCAGAGACGAGGUCAAGUCCUGGUGUUCGUCGGCCUCAAACCGCGGGUCAUGGAGACGAUCAGCGCCCUGCACGAAGGCGUCACCGUGUGCCCGUGCUUCGAGCAGCUGGACGAAAUCCUGGCAGACGGCCAGACGGAGGAGACACUCGGGGCUCUGAACGGCGGCGAGAGGAACGUCGGGGGCGUCGUCCUGUCGAGCAUGAUAGCCACGCCCACUUCCGACACCAGCGAGGCGGCCAACCCACUGCUCUCCACCACCACCUUCCACGAGCAUAAAUAACCCCAUUCCCACAAGGGGCACUGUACCCCCUCCCGGUCCCCACCCAUAGCCCCCGCCCUCACGCCAUAUCGAAGCACAUUCUGGUUCACUGUUUUUGGACUCUUUCUGAUAAAUUAAAAAGCCCGCGGGGUUGAAAAACGUUGGAAAAGUCAUGUGAAUUUAGUAAUACAUUUUGUGCCAAGGCUUCUUUAGCCUGGGUAAUUGGAUACCAGUUAUUGACCGGGGUAUGACGACUGGAAUGACGUUACGUGUUACGGUUUGUCAAAUCUUACCACAGUCAUUGCUAGAAAAAAAGCCAAACAAACCAGUAGAUUUCGAUGACCUGAGACAAGAUAUCUGACAGGAGUCUCGGCCAACGGAGGUCUAUCCAUGGCGCUAGCAGGCGAGGACCCAGCUGUGUAGUGAGAGAUCAUGUAUCCACUGCAUGGUAAGGGGGUGGCUAGCUGUGGUGAAGAGGUGUGACUCGACUGUGGUGAAGGGGCGUGACUCGGCUGUGUGGUGAGGCUACGUGGACGGGGGUGUGAUGAACAAGGUCUCAGCGAAAAGCCAAGGACGUGUACAUGAACAUUCCUCACUUUGUCACGAACUUGGUGCAGUUUAUAUAUAUACAUGUAUAAAAUGCCUGUUGUCCUUAGGGAGAAGGAAUGCAUGUUAUUGGAUAGCAAUAAGGGUACCGUUUCUUUAUGAAGGGAAAAUGAGUUGUUGAACUUAGAGGGAUAUUAAAAUCCAGAGGGGUGAGGGCCUUACAUUCCGACUAAGAAGGAUGGAUUUUAUCAUUUAAUCAUAUUUUCCUGAUAUUCACUGCAAAUCGUCAAGCAACGACGACAUUUUUAAGAUAACGAGCACAUGAAAAGAGAAAGAACUUCAUCAUGCAUAUAUAUUUUUCUCAUGUCAUUUAGAAAGAUAGUAGAUCCAGUGUCUUUUUUGUGGCCUGGGCAUACUCCUUGUAGAAUUGUUUUCGUUGUAAAGAAUUUUUGAGGAAAAGUUACUUUUAUCUCACAGUAGACCUCACGGGGCCCAAAAGCCUUAUUAUAAAAUCAAAGACCACAGUAAAAUAAACGUGGAAAAAGUCACAGGGAAGAAAAUAGAAAUUGAUUCUAGAAAUGUCUCAGUUCGUUUAGAGAACUUCUUUCUUUUCAGUAGCGUGUUAGAAGUGUUUGAUAGUUUAGAAUUCCAUGUUUAGACAUUUCCCCCAGAAGUGUAGACCCUGUUUUUUCCGUCUGAACUAAUUUCUCCCUCGGUCUUAGCCCCUUUUCCUCAGUACCUCCUCUUCCCUCGUAGACGACGAUCGCCAACAUAUCUUGAUCACGGUGUCUUAUUCUUCCCCACCUUCUGGGCCGCUCUGUCUUGGCAGGGGGAGCUCGCGUCUGAUUUAGAAGGAAACUCUGAACCCGUUUGGACUGUUCUCACUUUCUUUUCCUUCUGCUUUCUUUUAUUCAUCUUUCCUUCCCCGACUUUCAAGGUGUGUCCUCGCUUGUUAAACGCUAAUGACUCGUUAUUUGAGAGUCUAGACGAUUCGGAGACAAAGGCCACACAUCUUCUGCAUGAAUCUUAUAGUUAGACAUUUUUUGAGGUGCCAAAAAGUCAGUAAAUAUAUGUGUCACAUGCUAUUUCAUCUCGUUGUUAUACUAUGUGUCACCAUUUUUGCUAUCGACUACAUAGAAGUGAUGGCAGUGAGAGAGGCAGGUUAUACGUAGGCGCAUAUUCAUGGACUGAAAAAUUAAUUAAAUAUUUUAAGAAUUGGAACAAUUGAAUCCUAGAGAGUUAAAAUGAGAUGCUACGUUUCCCGCCUCGUUGUGCCUUUCCCUUUCUCUCUAACUGCCAUACAGAAUAGUUCUUAACAGAUAUUGUUGAGAUUGUAGAUUCUGGUUGAUUCUGGUUCACAGAUUGGUUGAGAUUUUGUAUUUCUUCGUGGAUAUCACACCUUACAGAUAGUAGAGUACUCCAAAGGUGACCAUCUGAUAAUAUGGUCUGGUAGCCUGUGUUCUUCCAGCAAUUAGAGCGAGUUUUGAGGUUUGUUUCUUACAGCUGGGGAGUCAGGUCAUCGCGACUUUCCAAGAGAUCGGGUCGACUUUUUUUGGUAAAGGAGCGAUUCAUUCUUGCUGUCAAAGAAUAGGGUAUUUUUAAAUGAUGCAUAAUUUUACAGCAAUUGGAGAAAAUACGAAGAUCAGAGAUUACUCUAUUCCUCUGAACUGUUAAAAUGAAUAGGUCUUUUUUUCUCUGUAGGUGAUGACCUUCUGAUGAGAGGACUAUUUUACUCAUAUUUCCCCCUUUCUUUACAUGCGGAAAAAUUAACCUCAACAAGCUUAAGUUCACCCUCAUUUAUCCACGUCUAAACAAAGUCAGGAAAAAAAGUAUUAAGCCGUAUCCAUUGACCUCGAAAAAGAAGUUAUAAAUAAGUAAAUGAAUGAAAACAAAUAAAAUGAGCUGAGCAUAAUGGUUCAUAAUUCAUCGCCAGCAACGCAAGGGGAAGAUGUGACGAGACAGCGUUGGUCAUGAUCGUCGGAAUAUUUUGUUCUUACAUUAUUAGAGACAAGGUGUAGGUUAGUAUCCUCUUGUGACAAGUCGAGAUAAGCGAUUCUUUUGAGAGGGAGAAAUUGAGAUUAGUGACUCGAGAGAGAGAGAGAGAGAAAUUGACAUUUGUGUUUCUUUUGAGAGAGAGAGAGAGAUAUGGUUUACAUUACAGUGGUAUUAUUAUAGAGUAUAUUUGUUAAUGCUUUUGUUAUUUGAAGUAAUUUUUAAGUUGCUGGGAAUCACAUAUAUUUAUUAGUUAUAAUUUGUUUCAUUACUAAACUAACCAGCAUCUUUUCACUGACAAAGGUGUCUGUUUUUUUUUUCUAUAAGAACGUUGGAAUGAUUAAACGUUUCCAUCCUUUCUCGGUAAGGAUUACGUUUAUUUUUAAACAUGGGAUGUUUUUUUUAUUUACUCUGAUAUAUAAGUUCUCUUGCUGGAAGGUACUUUUGUUAUAUAAUUUCCAUGUUCAGACAUAUUAUCUGCGCUUUACCAAGGGUUCUCUUUAUGUGUACUUUAAUAAUUGUUAUGCAUCACGGUAGUUCAAUUGCUGAUAAGGCCGUGGAUGUACGAUAAUAUUUUUUAACGUCCAAAUAAUAUUAAUUUUUGCAUAUGAGUUUUUUUAAACUGUUGACAUUGAUAUACGGUAUCCUAUGUUUGAUGGAGAUAUUAACUAUUGCUAUUUUUGUAACUUUACUACUUAAUGGACGCACUAUUUGUUUACACAAGUUUAUGGUCUUGGACUGAUCAAAGUUACACUCUGUACACAAACGUAAACAUAGACAAUGUUCACUUAAAAACACAAAGGCGUAAACAUUCACUUAAACAUACAUACACAUACCACACAUAUAUUUUUUACAUAUACAUUGAUGAAUGACUGCUUUUUAUUAUAUGCAAACACCUGUAUUCACAAUCUGAUUGUUAUAAUAUGAAUCAAAUAAGAUGCGCUAUGCGUGAGUGUCUAGCAAGGAUGGCAUUGCAAAGGGAGGUGGGGGGGGGACUUGCAAUUGUGAAGGACAACAAGUUUAAGGAUUUUUUUCUUGAAUGUUGAAGAGAAUUGAAAUUUGAUGGUUAUGGUAAUAAUGGUGUAAUAAUCAUAAUGUUGGUAAUAAAGUCAUGAUGAUGAUGGUAAUGAUGAUAAUGAUGAUGACGAUGAAUAAAUGAAUAAUAGACAUGAAACCAAUAACAAUAAUUAUAGUAAAAGGUGUUAUCAUCAUUAUUCUUCAGAUAGAUUUAUAACGAUAAAUAUUAUGACCUGAAUAACGAUGAGAUUAUCAAACUUAUUGUUCUCACACACUCAUGGAAAUAUUACCAUUGAUUACACAAAAGAUAAAAAAAUAUUGACGACUUCAAAUAAAGUCUAUUGUCAUUUAGAAGAUAAGGAAAAUAACGAUUGUCUGCAUACCUCCGCUAAUAUCAAAUCCACUUGUUAAGAGAAAUUGAUCAUUAGUCUAAAUUGCUGUUGGGAAUAGAAGUAAUUAGGAAGUGCGAAGGGUGAAUAUAAGAGAGGAAAUUAAAUGUGAUGAAUUUUAUCGCUAUUCAUAUCAUAAUUGCUCUUCGUAUUAAUGUUGCAGUUGUCAUUAUUGUUGUUUGCAUCUUUUUAUCUUCUUAUUGUAAAAAAAAA